UUUCUCCAUCAUUUUUAAAUGAAAAGAUUGUCAAAAAUUCUCCAAAAGGAGCGGUGUACUACUAUAACAUAUAUAACCAUCAGCAUCAGCGUUGGGUUUUGUAUACAAGCGGUAUCUAUGGACUAUAGACUAGAUGUUAAGAUUGCGGUUUUCAGAUUAGUGCAGUCAAACUGCAGCAAUGCAGCCAGCGGGCAGUCCAGGUCAAGGCCGCGCGUCUAUAUAUAGCCAUGCAUUGUUGCCCUUUUUCCAAGCACACUGCAUCUUCUUCUCAAAAAGGAAGAAGAAGAAGAAGAAAAGAAGCACACUGCAUCCUGAGAUCAAGCAGUGGACAAACAUAGGCAUGGCCAAUGUCACAUGGAAUGUGGCACGGUGCCACGUUCCUCAUCCCGGGAAUAUCGUCCCGGGGACAGGAAGGCAGGAACAUUUUCAUCCCCGCUUUAUGAAAACCUUUUCCAAGUACCGUACCCCAUUCCCGUUCCACAUCUCUCGAUCCAAUCGACCUGGAAGCUCGGCGAGUAUGGGCAUGGCAUCUUGUAAUGCUAAUGUUCCAGAGAGGGCAUCUGAUUUUCACCGUACAGUAUGGGGUGACUUUUUCAUCAACUACAGCUCAGAACCAUUACAGGCAUGGAAGUCAGAGGAAUGGAUGACUGAGAGGGCAAACCAACUAAAAGAGAAAAUAAGUGGGCUUUUUGAAGCUUGCACAACUCCAGUGGAGCAACUUAAGCUAGUGGACACACUCCAACAUUUAAGUAUAGACCAUCAUUUCAACAAACAGAUUCUCACCGUCUUAAGUAGCAUCCAAGAUACUGAAUUCAACAGCACUUGUCUCCAUGAGGUGGCCCUUCGGUUCCGCCUACUGAGGCAGCAAGGGUUUCGGGUAUCUCCAGAUGAAUUCAACAGGUUCAAAGACGAAAAUGGGAACUUUAAUGCUCAUAUAACUAACGAUGCAAGGGGACUACUAAGUUUAUACAAUGCAGCUUACCUUUUCACACAUGGAGAGGCAGAUCUUGAAGAGGCUAUAUUAUUUGCGAGGCAACAUCUUGAAUCGAUGAGAAAUAACCUUGAAUACCCAUUGGCCCAGCAAGUGAACCGAGCCCUUCACCUACCACUGUCACGGACCUUAAGAAGAAUUGAGGCUCUACAUUAUAUCUCAGAGUACAAAGCAGAGCCGACACAUAACUCCUCCAUUCUGGAGUUUGCCAAGCUGGAUUUCGACCUUCUGCAACGUCUCCACUUGAAGGAGCUUAAGGCUCUUUCUAGAUGGUGGAAAGAUCUUUACAGCGAAGAGGGGCUGGCCUACUCAAGGGACCGUGUAGUUGAGUGCUACCUGUGGUCCUAUACAGCAUACUAUGAGAAAGAGUACUCAAGAGCAAGGAUGAUCCUUGCCAAGAUAAUCGCAAUAAUAAUCCUGACAGACGACACUUACGAUGUCCGUGCUACUUUGGAGGAGUGUCGGAAAUUCAAUGAAGCUAUACAAAGAUGGGAAGAGAAUGCUAUUACUCUUCUACCAGAUUACCUGAAGAAGCUCUACCUCAAGCUGAUGAACAUCUUUAAGGAGUUUGAGGAUGAGUUGAAACCAAAUGAGAAGUACAGAGUUGCUUUUAUUAGAAAAGCGUUUCAAGUGUUAUCAAGUAACUAUCUCCAAGAAGCUGAAUGGUGUCAUGGUGGUUACAAGCCAAGAUUUAAAGAUCAGGUGAAGGUAUCUACUGUCUGCUCAGGUGCUCCAUUUGCUGCUGUCGGGUUACUAGUUGGCAUGGGAGAUGAUGUUGCAACCAAGGAGGCACUUGAGUGGGCAACCAGUUGCACCGAUGCUGUCAAGGCUUUCGCAGAUGUGACGCGCUUCAUGAAUGACCUUUGUUCGUUUAAGCGUGGAAAGAACAAAAAUGAUGUGGACAGCUCAGUUGAAUGCUACAUCAGUGAGCAUGGCGUCACGGCCGACGUUGCCUGUGCAAAGAUUGAUUCCCUGGUUGAAGAUGCAUGGAAGACUGCAAACAGAGCACGCAUUGAGCACAAUGAACUGCUUCCAGCGGUGCAACGAGUUGUCAACAUAACCACCAGCAUGCCAUUGAUGUACGGUAAUAAGAAGGAUGCAUUCACAUUCAGUGACGGGCUCAAGGGGGUCAUCAAGCGCCUGUUCCUCGAGCCUGUCCUGCUCUAG